CGACAGCGCGUCUAAUGUGACUGGAUAUCGGCUUUGUGCGCUUCUCCAUCCCAGGGAAUCUCCAGCCCAGAAACUCCAGCCCAGAAACUCACACAGGUGAAGUGGUUGAAUUCUGGUUCCAUUGUUGUUAUCCAGUUUUGUGGAGUCCCGUCCAUAGUUGUAAAAAGUGCUUAGAGCAUAACGCUUAGACUUUUCCGUCAUUGAGCUUGGCCAAGUUCGCGUAGCAGCUUGAAAGGUCCGACGUUCGGCUACAGCUUUGCCACCCGGCGUUGAAUACAUCAUGAAAGGCGAUAAAAAAGAACUCGACGUUUUGAUUGUAGGGGCUGGGCCUGUUGGGCUGUUUGUCGCUUUAAGUCUGAAGCGAAUGGGUGUCGCUGUUAGGAUCAUUGACAAAGCUACCGAACCAGCAAAGCAUUCACGGGCCUUUGUCCUGCAUGUGAGAACACAAGAAGUGCUGGGCGAACUCAACCUUCUUUCACGAUUCAAAGAUGAAGGCUGGCCCCUCACUCACGGCCACUUCAUCGCCAACGGCAAACUCAUCGGCUCAAUGCAAACCGCGGUCCCCGAGAACGAUCCCACAGAAGAGCGCACUUACUCGCGAGGCCCGCUCGCAAUUCCGCAGUCCUUUACAGAAAACAUCCUAACUCAGGAGUUGGCGAAAAAAGGCGUCACCGUCGAGAGGGGCAUCAGUCUCAUCGAGUUCAAAAUCGAUCAGGACGCAAAAUCCAGACCCAAUGACCAUGUCGUGCAAGUCACACUUAGCGACGGAUCGACCGCUCGAUGCAGGUACCUCAUCGGCGCGGAUGGAGGUCACAGUGCUGUUAGGAGGCUGAUGGGGGUGAAAUUGGAAGGCAGAUCUUUGCCGGGCGUAGUGGGGAUGGUGGAUGGACUUGUCAAAACCAGUGCGCCCAUAGCGAUCGAUGGCAUGACGCUUGUCGCGAGUACGUUGGGUUCGGCGUUGAUGAUUCCUCAUGGGAAAGGCUAUACUAGAUGCAUCGUGGAUUUCACCUCCGAGAAUCGCGGGUUGAAAGAGCUUUCAGAAACGGAAUCGCCGUCUACUCCCGCGACAACCAGCUGCACAGCAGCUCCAACCUACCACACGAUCACCGACGCCGCACCUGACAUGCCUCUCGAGCCCAUUGUCUCACGCAUCCGUCGACUCCUUCACCCACACGAUUUUGAUAUCACAGAUGUUGAAUGGCUGGUCAAGCUGCAGUUUCAGGAGCGCAUGGCCAAAGCCGUCGAUGUGGAGCAGCGGGUGUUUAUUAUUGGUGAUGCGGCUCAUGUGCACAGUCCCGCAGGUGGUCUCGGCCUGAACACCGGCAUACAGGAUGCACACGGGCUCGCCUGGCGUAUAGCGCUCGCGCUGAAACAUAACGGAAACCGCGAUUCGCUGUUUUCGACUUAUGGUAUUGAGAGGAUGUCUGUAGCACAGCAAGUGUUGGGACUUUCGGGCCGGCUGCAUGCGUCGAUUUUGGGUGGAGCUGGAUUAUGGCAGUUGCUCGUGAAACGCAUAGUCGCCAUUAUCUUCAAUAUCUUUCCCUCCUUGCCGAAAAGGAUGCGCAGGAUGGGUGGCGGACUUCUCAUUGCAUACUCCCCAAACGCCCUCAUUCAAGCCUCGCCCGCUGCAACAUCCUACUGCACUCUCCGACCAGGCUCACGAGCUCCCAACGGCCUCAUCGAAAAGCUCAGCAAAGGAAUCUUAUCGAGCUCCGUCACAACAGAAUCUGCACUCUUCAUCCACGACACGUUCCCGAACGACCAUUUCACAGUUCUCGUUUUCUAUAACGCGCAAUUUGCAGUCUCCACUCGCGCGGACGACGACAAGACUGCCAAUUUCACCGCGACAGAGGACCGGAAGGGCUCCCCGGGCGUUUGCGGCGUCGAGAUCUCCCUCCCAAAUCUCUGCACACCCAAAACAACCAGCGGAACAACAUUACAAUCCCAACCAACACCCCGCCCAAUCCAAACCUUCCUUCUCCUCCCACGCCGCCCGCCUCGCGGAUUCAACAUCACCACCACAUCCAGCACAACACCGCGCCGCCCGCCCUUCAACGCGAUCUACGCUGCGCAGCCGACAUCUCCGGCGUCCGGCCUGAGCGUGUUUGAGGCGUACGGCGUUAAAGGCGAUGCUGUGGUUGUUGUGAGGCCGGAUGGGUAUGUUGGGUGUGUGGCGAGGAUGGGCGAUUGGAGGAGGGUUGAGGGGUAUUUUGAUGGGGUUUUUGGGGGUGCGAUGUAGGGGUGUUGUUCGGCGUUGGAUGUGUUGGCUUCUGUGUAGAAGCUUUGGAGGGUUGGGUAGUUGGUGGAAGACAUAUUUGCAGGCCGGCAUGAUGUGGGAGAAAGAGGGGGAAGAAAUCGGCGUAUACCCAUGCUUUCUCGUCUGAGUGAGUCACGGCAAUUUUCUCUGUUAGUUUGUCUUAUCCAUAGCGUCAUAGGAGGCAGCGAGACGUUGGGCUCUUAAUACGCAUCCUCUACCUUCGGAAAUCGAAUAUAAAACAACAGGGAAACUUUUACGU